AUGGCUUUUCAUUCAGUAUUUCUUGUUUUCUUAGCUGGCCUGGCAUUUUUCUCCGAAGCUACACCACCGGACUCUGAUGACUCCAAGCAUCCUCUUUUUAUAAAAAUUCUGGAUUCAGUCCGAGGAAGUCCAGCUCAAAAUGUUCUACUUAAGUUAUAUAAAGAAGAUGCAGAUGGAGCUUGGCAACUGUUAAAUUCGAAACAAACCGAUGACAACGGAGAGUCCCAGGAACUCACAACUAAAGAACACUUUGCAGCAGGGAUAUACAAGAUUGAGCUUGACACAGCCUCGUAUUGGAAGAGACUAGGCUUGAAUCCUUUCCAUCACUAUGUUGAUGUGGUGUUCACAGCUAAUGAUAGUGGUUAUCGACAUUACUCCAUUGCUGUUCUCCUCAGUCCCUUUUCUUACUCAAUUGCAGCAGUCGUUGGUGACCCAGCGAAAUAG